CGGACGCGAACAUCCUGGAAAACCAAUCGCUCGCUCCAUGCUGCGCCAGGUUCGCCGCUUGAAGCUGCGCCCGCCGCCGCAAUCGCGACCGACUUCCGCGCUGGCGACCGACGACCGGAAAUGGCAGCAGGCGCUCGAGACGUACUCGGAGCAGCAGUGGCGCAGCGUCUUGGCCGACGAGCACCUUGCGCCCGCGCUGCACAAGCCCGGCGUCACGAGCUACGUGCAUCUCGCCAACAAGCACCCGGGCCUUCUCGAGCCGCUCCUGAGCGCCGUUGUCUCGGGCGUCCAUGCGCAGCAUCCUCACAGCAUGGCCGACCAAGAAGCUUACCUCGUCACGGUGCUCCAAACGAUGGCCUCGUACAGCGGCGAGCCAAAGUUGACGCGUGCGACCUCGUUCGUCAUGGCUGCGCUCGCGCCCACCAAGCCGGCGCAGGCGACACUGCUCUUCCGCGCGUCCUACCGCGCCGCCACACACAAGUCGGGCCCCGCCGGCGCCUUUCAUUACCUCUUGACGGCGCUCACCAAGCACCAGCACAUGGACGAAGCGUACCAGCUGCUAACGUUUGCAUCGAAUGAGCGCAUCAAGCCGCGGGCGGACCACAUUAGCGUCGUCUUGCACUGUCUCGGGCGCGCCGACGAGGCCAAAGGCGCCGCAUUGGUCCCGUCGUUUCUCCGACUUACGCUCGAGCUCUUGAGUCGCCUCAAGCUCGAGACGAGCCCGCGCUUUUGGCUCCAGAGCAUCACGUCGGCGACGAGCACGGACAACACGUCGCUCGCUCUCCAAGUCUACGACGCAAUGCGGUCCAAGCGCAUCAAGCCUCGACCCGACGCCGCGCACGUGCUCCUCGAGUACUUGCACCCGCGGAAUGGCGCGGUUGAUGCAGCAACGUCGUUUGUUCGCAUUUACAAGGACGUGGUCGACGCGCGUGCCACGUCACCGGCCAUUUUUCUAGUGGCGCUGGACGCCGCGGCGACCAUGCAGGACGCGGCGCUGGUCCGGACGAUCUUAGCAGAUGUGGACGCUGCAGAGAUGCCAAUGGGCCACGGGCUUCUCAACGCCGCGCUGCGCGCCCUCGCAAUUACGACCGACGACGGCACCCAUGCCGAUGUGGCCACCGAGCUGGAAGGCCGCUUGAUUGCAGCCGGCUUCAAACCGACGCAUGCGACACUCUCUGCGAUCGUCCGCCUCCAUCGCCACUCGCUCAACGACCUGUAUACGACGCUGACAGCGUUGGCGCCAGCCUUCUCUGUGCCGACGCACCAGAACGUGACCGACCCUGCGUCCCACGUUGCGUACCUCGGUCUUGUCCACUGGAUUCGGUACGAGAACGGCGGUCGCGCCGCCUCGGACGCGCUUGAAACGUUGCUCAAGUCGCCCCACUGGCACUUUGAUGCCUUCAUGCGAGACCGGCUCGUUCACACCUUUGUCUUGGCCCAUCAAUUUGAACUCGCAGCGCAUUACAUGCUCGCGCACACGGACGCGCCGCUCCACCGUGACGUGUACGCGUCAUGGUUUUCCACAGCCUUUGCUGCCAACGCGCCCCUGCAUGCUGCUGUUGACGUGUUCAAAGCCUGGCAGGCGACGGGGUCGGUCACGCUCGAGGACUUUGGCGACGUCAUCUACUACCUCUGCCAGCGCCAGGACCUCACCAGUGCCCUCGACGUCUUUGAGCUUCUUCACGAGCCACCGACCGAGAAGAUUUGCGUGGCGCUCAUGAAAGCACUGCAUGCCGAGCAGUCGAGCGCGUGUAUCGACAGCAGCUUCAAAGAUUUCUUCCGUCUCGCAGUGGCCCGGGGCGAUGCCAAAGCGCCAGCAUUCCACUCGGCGCUCAACCUCGCCGUGACGUCGGCGGACGAAGCGUUUGUGCGCGAGAUCCUCGAAACCACGGUGCUCUCGUACACCGUCGACGACACGCCGACCUGGCGCUUGGAUCAAGCAGCCUACAACAAGGCGCUGUACGCCUGCGCGGCGCACCCGAACCUCCACGCACUUGGUCUGCGCGUCUUUGACCACAUGCACCAGCACCGGGUCGACAUCAACGAACUGACGAUGAUGGCGUGCGCGAAAAUGGCCAAGUCGUUCCCAGCGUCCUCGGCGACGUUGAAGCUCCUCGCCGAUUUCAAAGAGCUCAACCAAUGGCCGACAAUUGAGGUGUACACAGUGAUCCUCGGUAUUUUGGCCCAGCACCGUCAGUGGGUCGAUUGUGACGUGCUCUUUUCGAUGCUGCAAGAACAGGAUGUGGCAUUGGACCUCAAAGCGACCACGCUCUUUGGGUGCGUCCUCGCGCAGCAGUGCCGGACAGACGAGCUCCUCACGCUCAUUGCACAGAUGGAGCAGCGCGGAAUCGAACCGGACGCGUUGUUUUUGCGCGAAAUUCUCGCGCGGCUGUACAAGCACUACGACGUGGACAAGUGCCUUGAUUUUUGCAAGCAUGUUCUCUCGGUCGCGCGGUGCCAAGUCUACUAUCACUCGAUGAUCGAACUCGCGCUGCGUCACGGCCUCUUGGACCGAGCGCUCAACCUCGUCAUCCAAAUGGAGUGUGACGGGUUCACGAUCCACGCUCAUGUGCUACUGGACAUUAUUCACCGCGUCACGACGAUGCAAGAGCUGGAAAAGCUCAUUUCGGUCUUUGCGCAGCUCAACGACGGCGACGUGGACCGCGACGUGCCGUUCGAGGCGUCGGUGUUUGACGCGCUCCUCGAGAAAUGCGACGCCAUGCAAAUCAAGAGCAGCGUCGCGCUGCGGUUCAUUGAGCGUCACGCGACCGCGCUGGGCUACACCGUCCGCGCAUAAUGCAUGGGUUAACACUAGACAAGAAUAGAGACUAUAGCGUUGUAUACAAGCUUGCCAACUUGCUGGCGCUUCAACUAGUAGCGCCAUUUUUGCCAAUCAUGUACGCUCAAGCAAAAUGCUGUGCUCGCAUUGGCUCGAGG